AUGAUUGUCAGACGCCCUCUCCUCGCCUCCAGCCUCGCCUCCAGCCUCGUGGCAGCGGCAUCCGCCUCGGCGCCUCCCUUCGCCGCCUUCCACGAUUCCGUCAAGCAGCUGUUCGGCCCGGCUCCCCGCCUGGACCUGCUCCUCGAGAACAGCGACUACCCGUUCGCGCACGAAGCCGCAGUCUUCAUGCCCCGCGACGGCGCCCUCUUCCUCACGAGCAACCGCUUCACCGACAAGCAGACGGGCCAGCCUCGCAUCCAAAUCACCCGCGUCACGCUGCCCAACGGCACCCACGGCGCGGCGUGCGAGCAGGUCCGCACCGACCACGUUCCCAUGGCCAACGGCGGCACAAACUACAGGGACGGCGUGCUGUUCUGCGCCCAGGGCACCGUGGACGGGUCCGGCGGCCUCGCCUUCAUGGAGGCCAGCCCCCCGUACCGAUCCGAGAUGCUGCUCUCCACCUUUCACAACCGCCCGCUCAACUCGCCCAACGACGUGGUCGUGCACUCGGACGGCUCCAUCUGGUUCACCGACCCUGCCUACGGCUACGAGCAGGGCUUCCGGCCCAGGCCUCGCCUGCCGCCCCAGGUGUACCGCUGGGAUCCGAGGGGCAACUCGAUACGCGCCGUGGCCGAUGGCUUCGGACACCCAAACGGCAUCGCCUUCAGCCCCGACGAGAAGACCGUCUACGUCAGCGACACGAACUGGGUCCAUGGCGACGGGUCCAAGGACGAUUCCCGCGCCCACAGCAUCUAUGCUUUCGACAUCGUGGCCUACUGCAACCAGCCCUUCUUGGUCAACAAGCGGCUGUUCGCCAUGACGGACGAAGGGAUCCCCGACGGCAUCAAGUGCGACACGUUUGGAAACGUGUACAGCGGGUCCGGCGACGGCAUCAGCAUCUGGUCCCCCGGUGGCGUCCUCCUGGGCAAGAUACUCGUCGACGGCGGCGUCUCCAACUUUUGCUUCGGCAGGGACGGGGAGAUGUUUCUACUAGGCGAGCACAGGUUGUGGCGCGCGCAGCUGGCUCCCUCGACAAAGGGGGCUCUGAUGCGCAUGUGA